CUGUACAAAAAAAAAGGUUUGUAUUCAAUGUCAAAGUAAAUAUUGUAGGCGCUAGGCUUCUAUUCUUUUCUAGGUUCCUACUUCCUAGUCUUAGGCUGCUCCCCUAUUUCCCAACUCCUCCAACAAAGCUAGAUUGCAUCAUCUCCCUCUACCCGUUGAUCACAGCAAUUGCUCCCCAACCUUAUAGCUCGAAAUCAAUUACUGGUCAUUUUAAGUGAAAUUUAUAGUUUUGCACUCGUGUUUUCGGGCGAAGAAGAAGAGGUGCGAGAUAGAGAGAGGAGGCUGGUCUUUGAGAAUGAGAAGAAGAGGAGAUUUAUGAAUUCCUUGAGUGGGUCUGUCGUGGAUAACAUUGAUCCUUGAAAUUAUCUAGAAAGUACACAAUUGUAAGUUUUCUGGUGAAAUUAGGAAAAGACCCAGUUCAGCUGUGAACGUACAGGUUGUUUUAGUUGCGAUGAGUUCAGGAAAUGUGGGGCGGCUGCCAUUGAUGAAUGUUGUUAAAUUUAAGGGAGUGCCAAUUCUGCAGCAAUUGCAUUUGGAGGAGCGGCUGCUAAGGACUUCACCUCAAAACUGGUGCAUUGUAAAUGAUGGAACCAAUGAACCCACCAUUGUCAUGGGUAUUUCAGGUAAAGCAGCUGAACUUCUUGAAAUCGGUUCUGUUUUGCAAGACAAGAUUCCAGUAGUAAAGAGGUUUACUGGAGGAGGCACUGUAAUUGUUGAUCACAGGACAGUUUUCAUCUCCUUCAUAUGCAACAAGGAUGCUGUCCCUACUGUACAACCAUAUCCUAGGCCCAUCAUGUCAUGGAGCAGCCAACUCUAUAGCAAAGUGUUUCAAGGAGUUGGGGAUUUCUCUCUUCGUGAAAAUGACUACGUUUUUGGCAACCGCAAGUUUGGGGGAAAUGCUCAAUCUAUCACAAAAGGCCGUUGGAUCCAUCAUACAUCCUUUCUUUGGGAUUAUGAGAUGAUGAACAUGGCUUAUCUCAAACUUCCAAAACGAGCUCCUGACUAUCGACAGGCAAGAGACCAUUCAGACUUUAUCUGCCGCAUGAAGGAUUAUAUAUCUCGACAAGAAUUCAUAAAUAGAACCAUAUCUGCACUUGACAGCCACUUUUCUGCGACUUCUCUGGAGCUUAAAUCAUUUGACUGUCCUGAUGAUACGAAAUUUAUGCCCUCCUCUAGAUUGCUUGGAAAAGAAGAAUUGGAGGAAAGGUUUGAGUCUGAAUCUGGGAAUGUCAUACUUCAGUCACUGUAACUGCCACAAGACCUUCGCUUGAGGUGCUACUGUAUGUCAAUGUACCUUAAUUGGUUAUUCGUCGAGGAAUAAUUUUCCCUCUUUCCAUGAGAAUAUUUUUGUUGGAUUGGGCUCCUAAUCUGGUUGUGGUUGCCUACCUCCAACUCAUUCAUGUUGCUACUUCCUCGGAUAAAAAUACUGGGAAGAAGUGCUACCUUUUACCAUUGUGCGUUACAGGAGGUAUAAUUAAGUCCUUGUUUGUAAGCACAUCGAUUGAGCGUCUACAUUAUUAAUUCACUGGACAAACCACCAUCUCUACAGAUACUGUUUUGUAAUCUGACCAUCUCUCUCUCCUUCAUUUGCUUGUGGUUUUAUUUUUUACAGCAAAGGGACUCUGCUUAAAAUUU